AUGGCUACGGAGGAGACGGCGGGGGGAGCCAGGAAAGCCACCAAGAGCAAACUGUUUGAGUUCCUGGUCCAUGGAGUGCGUCCUGGCAUGCCGUCUGGAGCGAGGAUGCCCCACCAGGGAGCUCCCAUGGGGCCCCCCGGCCCGCCGUACGGAGGGAGCCCGGCGGUGCGGCCCGGCCUGCCCACCCCGGUGAUGGAACCCAGUCGCAAGAGGCCUGCCCCCUCCCAGCAGGUCCAGCAGCAGCAGCAGCAACAGCAGCAGCAGCAACAGCAGGCCGUCCAGAACCGGGCCAGAAAGAAGCCAGUCGGAUUCCCUGGAGCCAAUGAGAUGCCGGCGAGGCAGAUGGACAUGAGAGAGCCCCAAUCAGAUCCCACGCUCGGAUCAAAUGCUAAGAGAAGGAAAAUGGCAGACAAGAUUCUUCCGCAAAGGAUCCGUGAGCUGGUCCCUGAGUCUCAGGCCUACAUGGAUCUGCUGGCGUUUGAGCGCAAAUUGGACCAGACCAUCAUGCGCAAACGUGUGGACAUCCAGGAAGCACUGAAGAGACCAAUGAAGCAAAAGCGUAAACUGAGGCUUUACAUAUCCAACACCUUCAACCCUGCCAGACCCGACGCUGAUGACUCCGAUGGCAGCAUUGCAUCAUGGGAGCUGCGAGUAGAGGGGAAGUUGCUUGAUGACCCGGGGAAGCAGAAAAAGAAGUUCUCUUCGUUUUUUAAGAGCCUGGUGAUCGAGCUGGACAAAGACCUGUACGGUCCUGACAACCACCUGGUUGAGUGGCACCGCACGCCCACCACCCAGGAGACGGACGGCUUCCAGGUGAAGAGGCCAGGGGACGUGAGCGUGCGCUGCACUCUGCUGCUGAUGCUGGACUACCAGCCUCCCCAGUUUAAGCUGGACCCUCGCCUGGCACGCCUGCUUGGUAUUCACACUCAGACUCGCUCCUGCAUCAUCCAGGCCCUCUGGCAGUAUGUCAAGACCAACAAGCUGCAGGACUCCCAUGACAAGGAAUACAUCAACUGUGACAAGUACUUCCAACAGAUUUUUGAUUGCCCACGGCUGAAGUUCUCUGAGAUUCCUCAGCGUCUCACCAACCUCCUCCUGCCCCCAGACCCCAUCGUCAUCAACCAUGUUAUCAGCGUGGACCCCAACGACCAGAAGAAGACGGCCUGCUACGACAUCGACGUGGAGGUGGAAGACCCCCUGAAGAGUCAGAUGAGCAGCUUCCUCCUGUCCACUGCCAACCAACAGGAAAUCGCCUCACUCGACAACAAGAUCCAUGAGACCAUCGAGUCCAUCAACCAGCUGAAGAUCCAGAGGGACUUCAUGCUCAGCUUCUCCAGAGAUCCCAAGGGCUACAUCCAGGACUGGCUCAAAUCCCAGAGCCGAGACCUCAAGUUAAUGACAGACGUGGUGGGGAACCCUGAAGAGGAGAGGAGGGCGGCGUUUUACCAUGAGCCUUGGUCCCAGGAGGCCGUCAGCCGCUAUUUCUACUGCAAGAUCCAGCAGAGGAGACAGGAGCUGGAACAGGCCUUAGCUGUCCGCAACACCUAAACUGAGGCUCUCCUGAAUCUCUGCAUCUGAUUUCAGAGCCGUGUGUGUGUGUGUGUGUGUGUCUUUGAAUGUGUGUGAGGCCUUCGCUGUAGUCUGCUGAAACCUAAUACCUCUAAAAAUGUUGGUAACUUAAAAAAAAAAAAAAAACAGCUUUUGUCUUUGUGAUAGCAAUGACAUUUCUGAGGUUUGUCCAAUGUUUUGAAAGGAAAUUUGAAAUUAGAGUGAGGAGGUUUUCACAAGACAGCAGCGAUGUGCAUGUACGGAAGCCAGAUCUCAAUGCACAUAUGCAUCCACUGCGUAUUCGUUCCGUUUUGUGCAGGACUGUGAGGUCACCCAUCUCUUAUCGUAUAUAUUCAGCUGCGUGGUUGUCCCUCAGAGGCCGACCCCUUGGACCACAAACAUCCUCAGACUCACUUCCCUUUUCAUCACUGCUCUCUGCUUUGUAAAUAAGUCACUAGCAGUCCCCCCUUCUCUCCACAUCAAGACAAACUCUCAACUGGUUUUUUGGAUACUCAUCUCAAAGAGUCUGCUGUUGUGUCCGACACAGUCAGUCCUCACGUGGUCUGGAUACGCCUUCAUGUUUUAUGUUUUCCAACUCUUUUUAAAACAGAUUUUUUUUUUUUUUUUUUUUUUUGGGGGGCAUGAUUGUAAGUGUGACUGUGUGUGUGUUUUCAUUUGUUCUAAUUAGGAGAGUGUUUUUGAAGGACUGAUUAAUUACACCAGCAAAAUUGAGAUUACAGUGUGACACAUUGGGUGCUUGCAGGGAAUCGACGCUAUCUAUAAACCUGAGGUGUAGAUUUCAUUCAUUUUCAGGUUUGAGUGGAUCAAUUGGACAACUGCCAGUGUGUCUCACUUAGUCUUAUUCGCCAGUAAAUUGAUUUUUCUUUUUACAGUAAUUCCUACAACAGUAUUAGCUAAGUUAACUGAACUAAAGUGUUAUCAUCAACAGCUCCUUGUCUGUUUAUAGCAAGAAUAGUGUUUUAAUGAAGGAGAAAACGAGUAUUGAGAGUCGUAACGAUAGCUUUUUUUCCCUUAAUCAUAGCAAAAUGACAAGUGUGCCGGUACAUGUUGAGACUUGCUGACUGAUUUGUUUCAUCAGUCACUCACUGCCUCUUCCUUGUGUAGUAUUUUGCCAGUUAAUGUUUUGAAGGUGUUACCAAAGGUUGCAACAAGAAGAAGAGAACAUGAUCACUGAAACAGAAAUGGGUCAAAAAUCCUCAUCUGGGUUUAAUAGAAAUUGCAAAAAUGUCUUUUUUUGGCAGGUUUAACAAAUCCAAACAAUUUAAGUAGUUUGAGAGAGAAUUUACUCCCAAAUGUUUUCCUUUGUAGGCAAUUGGGCCUCAAGUUCUCCUAAACAAACUCUAAAACCAUUAUUGCAAUAAACACUUAAGCCCAGGUUUUGAGAGCUUUGUCCAUUUCUACACUUUUUAUGUUACAUGAAGAAGAAAAAGUUUUUUUCUUUUCUAGAGAUGUGAAUGUAAAUAUGUUUUCCCCCUUAAGAGGGCCAACUGUACAGUAUACAACAGACUAUUUGUGUGUGUUUGUUUUGGGGGGGAGGGGGGUUAUGGGUAGGGGGUGGGUGAGUUACAUGGUGCAGUAUGGGAGCUCCAUGAGUUUUGAAUUAGUAGAGGAGGAAUGUUAGUGUUCCUCUGUGUACUAUCUUGGGUUGGGGUGGUUUAUUUUCGGUCCAUCUCGUAUCUAUCGUGGGAGCUAGAAGCUGCAACAAAGAACGACCUCCCUCACUUUCAAUCUCAGUAGCUGUAACACAUGAUAUAAUCUGCACCGAUCUCAUUUUACACUUUUUUUUUUUUUUUUUUUAAUUAUUAUUAAUGACACUUGACUUGUAUGUAUAUGUUGUAUUGUCAGAUGGAGGAAUUUUUUCCCCAGCAGUCAGUUUCUAGCUGGAACCUUUUCUGGGUUUCUUUGCACUGUGCUGUAACUUUUUGUCGGGACUCUCUUCGUCAUGGGUGAGACCCUCUUUGUUAUCCCAGCAUACACAAUAAGUGAUUGGAUGAUUUCACGAUGACCUAUGCAUGCUCCAUGGACAUUAAUUAAUACAUCUGAAGAGACAGUAUGUGUACAUAUAAAAAGCUAGCAUAGCAGUCAGUGUGAAGAGCAAAGGACUCAUCACAUUUGUUGAAAUGCCUUCUGGAAACUUUUUUGCCAAAAAUGAUAUGCCCUACCAGCAACUAACUGUAGGUGUGAUUUUUCUGAACUGUGUUUUUGUUACUAGGACUAAGUUAUAUUAACUGCACUCAUUAGAGGAGAAACAGUAGUCACUGGUAGUAUCUUAGUCCUGUGUUUGACCCAGAGUGAUUUUUCUUUGUAUCGCCAGGGCAUUCACCUUGUUGUCACUGAGUCACUAUCACCCUCUUGUGGAGGAAACGAGAAGCUGCAACUCCGGGGUGACCUCAGCUGAGAGCAGAACAGUACCAGAGUAUCUGAUCUGACAAAACGUUGACAGAUUACUGUGUCUCCUGUUACUAAACCUUGGCAUACAGUCGACAUGUUUCUCCCAACUCCCUGCAUGUGUUUCUGAAGAGCGGGAACUGCUCUUUCUCUCUGUUUACACUGUUGUCAGAGGGUCACCGACAGGAAGAUUAUAGUAUACAUAAUACUGUAUAUCUGUAAAGAGCAAAACUUGUUUGGUGAUUACAUUCUACAAGAAGAGAAAAAAAAAGGGAAAACAGCUGUGACAUUGCGAGACAGCCUGGAUGUAAAUAAAGAAGCGCUUGCCAAAGUUUGUAAA